UCCAAUAACAUGCGAGGCGAUCUAAUAACCGUUUUUUUCUGUUAAACACCAAUCGUGUUUGUCGGAAACAUGGGGCGUGUUACUUGAAUAGAUGUCUCGCUAAAAUACCAGAUUCUUUUUUCUUUCUAUAAAGGCGAUAAGGUUUCAUGUAUGUGCUCACGUAAAUGUACGGAAAUCAAUUAACUUUUAAGAAUGGAAAUACGUGACUUAUCUAGCUCAAUUUAAUGCAAUAAACAAUGAGAGGAUUUUAAAUAAAGAUAAUAUAUGCAUAUAUGGAGACUAUAAUCACAAAGGAAAUAUAUAUGUUAUUCUGUAAACACUAUCAUGAGGGUUUUAGAUGAUUAUCAGAACACAACGGUGCUUUACUCGGAGCACGAGAUGAAUAAGGCGGUGGAAACUUGGAAGGAACUGAAGCGCAUACAGUUAGUGGAUGAGAAACAAAGCGAAGAAGAUCGUCGAUGGGAGGAGGAAUUUAUCCGUCGACGACAAGAAUUAGAAAAACAAAGACAGAUCUCUAGCCAAAGAAGAUUAAGAAGUAACAGGAAACUGACAGAUCUAUCCGCCAGAUGGCGUAACUUAGAACAGAAGCGCGUGGAGAAAAAUGAUCUAUAUUUAGAUCGACUAAGAACCAGCCUCAGUAUCGCGUUAAGAACAGAAUCAAUGUCGUCUGGUUCCCCGUACAUGGACAGAUGAUAGUCAUACUAUAUGUGGGGUCUGACAGGAAGUUGUUAUUUCAUAUAAACUUUUUUUGAAGCGCGUUCAGGACAAUUUGCUAACCUUGGAAGGCCGAUAAUGUUUCCGAGGGAAAAAUUAAUAACAACUUUGCCGGGGCGAGUUUCAUACAUAUUUAUACGAAAUAAAAACAUAAUUGUCGGAUUCGUUUUAUCACGUGACUUAAUUAUAAAUACCGAUUUGUACAUUUUAUUUCCGAAUAAGCCGCUUAAAACCGGAAAAAGCAAAGAUCAAUUUCAAAAUAACUUAUUUCUAGCAUAAUUGAGGGCAUUUAUGGAAUGCUUAAACAGACUUGAAUGCGUACAAUCAUUGGUAAGGGGUGGGGGCUGUUAUAGUAAUAAAAUAACGUUACACGAACGAACAAUUGUAAUUCAAAGUAUAAUCAAAAUAUAUUAAAUUGUUGUAUAUCAAAAAUAGAAAAUUCGUGCUAUAAAUAUAAGCCCCUAUCAAAUUCGCUUUUACAGAUCAGUCAAUAGUUCAUUAGAAAGAAACACCGAGUGUUAUAAUUAAAAUUUUACAACCACCGUAUCAUUUACAAACCAUUUAUUUACAUUGGGUAAACAGACAGUAUUAUUUGUAUAUAUACAUAGUAUUUUGUUUCUGAAAAUAGUUUUAAAUGUAUAUACGAUUGUGCUCAAAUUAUCAUGUGUGUCAAAUGUAUUACUUAUAUUAUCACUGUUCAACAGUAAGAUUUGUGUUUCAAAAUGAUAGAUUUGUGUUUCCAUGUUCACAUGCCAUACAAUGUAUGUAAUUGUUCACAGGCAAGGAUUGUAUACGAAUGUUCAUAGACGAAAAAUACAUAUUUGAAUGUUCAUAUACUGAAAAAUAUGAAUGUCCACAAAUUAGGAUUGUAUAAUUAUGAAUGUUCAAAAACCAUAAGGUGUACAUGUAUAUUUAAUGUACAUAGAUCAUACAAAUAUAUUGUAGCUAAGGUUCAUUAUUUAUAACUUGCUUUACAAACGAUUUCUAGCUCACGGUGGUGAUAUUGAUUAUAUAUCUUAUCAGUGAAAAGUUUCAUUUUUAUCAAUAAGAUAAAUUCUAUAUCACUCACUGCCAAUCAAUCAAAGAGAAAACUUUUUGUUCAUUUGUUUUUGAUUGCUUUUUCAUCAAUAUCGCUCAUAACAAUGAAAUGAAAUAUAAUAUUACUUUAGGGACAAGCUUGUUUUUAACUGUUGCUUUUGUUGUUUUUAUUGUUGUUUAAAUAUAAUACGUAUCAAUUCACAAAAGUGUGUUUAUGUAUUUAUGUAUGGCCGUUCAUUGUUUUAUUUCUAUGUAGAUUUUAUGUUUGUUUUCUUCAUACAAUGUAUGCUUAAUUGAACAAAAUUUUAUAAUAUGUUUGAAAUGGAUGACGUGAAGAGUAUAUUAAAAUUAAAAUUAU